UGUUCUGGGCUACCUGCAAAAGUACGUGGCAAGGAGAAGGGAGGCCGGGGCAAGCAUCACCUCACUUUCUUCCUGUUCCAUAUGGUGGCGGGAACGGGGAUACUAAAAAGUUGCAUGACAAACCAUUUCCAUUCUCGGCUGCCUGCCAUCCACCCCCGCCUAAUUUGGCAAUGAUUAUAGAAUAGCCGUUCUGCCCAUUCCAGCAAUUACACCGUCUCGCAAUCACUUGUUGCCUACAGUCCCAACUUUUGGGGAUCAUGAGCUUUCCGUCAGUGGUUUCGAUGGCUUUAAAGAGCACUGGAUCUCCGUCACCGAAGUUUAAUUUGAGCAUUUUCCUUUCAGCUUCUCGCUUCGUGGGGAAGCCCUCCCGCUUCAUUGCUGGCUCCACUUUGUCAGUGGGCAGAAACUGAAAGCGUUUAUUCCUGCUCCGUCCCUCCCUCCCCUCCCUCCUCCUCCGCCGUAGUUUCUGAGAAUGCUCCUUCUGCUUUCCGGACAUGUUGGUUUCUCACGCAGGGAAAUUCCUCAGAGUUUGAAGAGGGUCGCACCCAGAGUCGGACAGGAAGCUCUUUGUGCAGAUCUAUUCCAGGCCAGACAAUCUUCUAAUCAUUGAGUUAUUUGAAACCUAAAAGAACAGAAAAUAGUGAUCUGAAGCCCACACCAUCAUGGAAUGCAGAGAUGGCUGCCAAGUGGACCUUCAAAGAUGAAUUGGCUAAGCCAGACUCCUUCAAGGAGAGUAGGUGCUGCGAGUCUUGCUUGAGACAUCAUGUCGAAUCCCAGUUGUCCCACAAGUUAUGAAGCCAAGGACCCCCUCCUUCUGGCUCCAUAUGAUGAAUAUUCUGGGGGAUAUCCUGCCGGAUGCUCCCGGGCUGACUCACAGCCUCCACCAUACAGUGUUGUCUAUCCACAGCCUGGAGGCUAUCCACAGUCAGUUCCUCCUGUGGAAACACUUUCAGCAAACUUCAGUGACAGGCCUAACAGCAGUGGCAUGGCAGUGGACUGGGACAGCAAGAAAGUUCAACAUGCUUUCAUCCGCAAGGUGUACAGCAUCAUCUCAGUGCAGCUGCUUGUGACUGUGGGCAUCGUUGCAAUUUUCAUCUUUGUCACCCCUGUAACCAGUUUUGUGCAAAAUAAUAUCGCUGUGUACUACGGGUCUUAUGCUGUAUUCCUGGUCACGUAUCUGGUGUUGGUGUGCUGUGAAGGUCUACGGAGACGCUUUCCAUGGAACAUCAUCUUUCUGUGUGUCUUUACAUUAGCCAUGGCUUUCAUGACAGGCACCAUUUCUAGUAUGUACAGUACAAAAGCUGUUCUCCUUGCCAUGAUAAUCACAGCCAUAGUGGCCAUAACAGUCACCGUCUUCUCUUUCCAGACAAAGGUGGAUUUCACAUCCUGUACUGGCUUGUUCUGUGUGUUGGCCAUUGUUGUCAUGGUGACUGGGAUUAUCACAGCGAUUGUCCUGUCCUUCAAAUAUGUUUACUGGCUCCACAUGCUGUAUGCAGCUAUCGGUGCAAUUGUUUUCACCCUGUUUCUUGCAUACGAUACCCAGUUGUUGUUGGGCAACAAGAAAUAUACAAUCAGCCCUGAGGACUACAUCGUUGGAGCCCUCGAGAUAUACCUAGAUGUAGUCUACAUUUUCACUUUCUUCUUGCAGCUUACAGGUCGCAGAAGUUAGGAGGAUGAAACCUUGCUUUUGGGGGGAACAUUUGGCAACUUUCUCCAGAAGUUCAAAAAAACACUGAAUUUCCUAUUCUUUUGCUUUCCUCUUAUAGAAGUUACCAGGGGAUUCAUAUAGUGGACAGAGAUACGGCUAUAUGUGAGAGGCUACAGAUUCUGUACAGUGUAGGCAUUGACCAUAAUCCAUCAAAUGCCUGUAUUCCUCUGGGGUUUUUUUUAUGUCAGACCUAUGCUUAUCAGGUGCUCUGUAUGCAUUAAUACAGUGUGUAUUCAUUAACACCUUGGUUUGGUAUGUAUCAUUAUUUCAAUUUAUCCUCUGUGUUCAGUGGCAUACAUAACCAAUAUAUAGACAGGUGUUUUUUUCCCCAAAAUAGAACCUUCCAAACCACAGGGCUCUGCUUCAUUCAUAUGUGCACAUAAAAUUUAUAUUUUUGAACAAAUUAAGCUUUCAGCUUUGUGUGUCUGAGUGACCAGGGAUUGCAUUAUCCUGUGAACACUGACUUUGGAGUAAAUCACACUGAAAUCACUGUUAACUUCUGCGUAACAUUGCUUGUUUAGCUGUACAGAAAGAUCAUAAUGGAUAUGUAGACACUGAAUUUUGCAGUGAGUUUUAGCUGAGUGGUAGAGCACAUGCUUUGUAGACAGAAGAGCCUAAAUUCAAUCAUCAGCAUCCCCAGCUAAAAGAUUUAAAGUAGCCAUGUUGUGAAAGGUUUGCAACCAGACAAGACCAGGUUAGAAUGCUGAAUGGUCUGACUUGGUAUAAGAAAGCUACAGGGUAUGUGUGUUCAUUGUUUCUAGAGCAGGUAUUAUUGACUGGCUCAUAUACUUGACUCUGUUUUAUGAUGCUACUUGGCAAAAUAUGCCUGCCCCAAACCAGCAUUGGUCACAUAAACGAAGGAUAAGUACUUAUCCCUCAAAACCCUCUCAGGUAGUCAUGUUACAAGUUAAGGAUGCUCCACAACUGUUGGAAAUGAAGACACUGUCUCUUAACCUCAGACUUCAGAGGGGGUCAUGACUAGAGUCAGAGACAUCGCAAGGUCAAGGCACUGGGCAUUCUUUUUCUACUUCUUUCACACUAACUCUUUGAUGUACAGAUUGCCACUCUCAGGGAAACUUCCUUCCUGCUUCUCAUACCUUUGGUUGCACACACUUCUCUAGCUUGCAAUUAUGAGGGCAGGGUUCAGGUCCUGUGUCUCCCUCCAUUUUCAUUCACUACAUUAGGAAAUAUUUAUUCUAUCCUAUCCAGAAAUGGAGUUCUUACAAUCAAUGUAGUAUUUUCAUUUGAACAGACAAAA